AUGCAAGGGUGCGCUACACUUCCUAGGCCCGGGUGUAGUGGAAAAUAUGCAAGGGUUGCUAGGCCGUCGCCCGGAAGCGGCGCGCCACCCAAGGGUGGUGUUAACUAUCCAAGGUUUCAUGGUAAGGGGAGAGGUAAGGGUAAGGGUAGUAGGAUGCGGUUUGGGACUUGGAACAUUGGUUCUUUGACAGGGAGAUUAGUCGAAGUAGUAGAGGUUAUGAGAAGGAGGAGAAUUAACAUAUUAUGUUUGCAGGAGACUAAGUGGGUUGGAAACAAGGCAAGAGAAAUAGCUCCAUGGGGUUAUAAGCUUUGUGACGUGUCCCGAAAGAGUGAUCGAAUUAUGAGUAUUAAGCUUGUGAUAGGGGAUGAAGUUGUAACUAUUGUGAGUGCCUAUGCACCACAAGUAGGACUAGAUGCUUCAACUAGACAAGAAUUUUGGGAGGAUUUAGAAGAAGUGGUGCAACGUGUCCCUAGAAGUGAGAAACUGAUCAUUGGUGGGGAUCUCAACGGACAUGUAGGCUCGAGUCGUGAUGGGUUUGAAAGCAUUCAUGGUGGUUUUGGGUAUGGGGAGCGGAAUGAAGCGGGAAACGCUAUUUUGGAUUUUGCAUUGGCAUAUGACUUGGGAAUAAUGAACACUUGGUUUGAGAAAAGAGACUCUCAUCUAGUAACCUAUAGGAGUGGAGAUAAUACGAGUCAGAUUGACUUCUUUUUAGUAAGGAAUGCUUUGAGACAGUGCUACACCAAUUGUAAGAAGUUAUAUAAGGAGGAGAAGACCACUAGUGGAGCCUAG